AUGAAACUCUUAUUGCUAUUCCUUCUACCAAUCUCUGUAUGUGCAUUAUUUGGUAGUAAAAAAAACAUUACCGUAAAAGGUAAUGUAAAAUGUGGUGGAUCACCGUAUAAUGCUGUUAAAGUGGAACUAUGGGAUGAUGAUACAUUCAAUUUUGAUGAUCAAUUGAAUUCGACGCAUACCGAUGAUGCAGGAGCAUUUCAUUUAUUCGGCGAAACACGAGAAAUUCGUAACAUCGAGCCGUAUCUUCUCAUGAAACAUUAUUGCGAUGAUGGCCGUCAUGAUGUGAGAUGUGUUCAUACAGAUCGAUAUAAUGUCCCUAAAAGCUAUCAGGGAUCGGUCUACAAUUUGCAAAAUGUUGACUUGAAAACUCCAACAGCGAAAAGAAUAACAAAAUGUUACUAA